AUGCGUGUUCUUGGCGCAGUAGCCCUGGCGGCUGCAUUUUUCGCUUCCAGUGCAAUCGCAGCAUCAGCCCAAGAGUUAGCAGCGAUUCUACCCCCGUGCGCGUUGGGUUGUAUGAAAUCUUCUCUGGCAGAGGCAUCAUGCGCGCCGACUGAUCAGGAAUGCUUGUGUCUCGAUCCGGGCUACACUGCCGCUUUAGAAGAAUGCGUCAUGGCAACCUGCACGAUCCGACAGUCAUUAGUGACGAAAAAUGUCACAACCCAAGGAUGCCACGCGCCGAUUCGCGACAGAACAAAAGUGGUGUCCUAUACCGGCGUCGGUGGCGGUAUAAUAGCUUUCAUUGCUUUUGUUCUUCGUAUGAUCGCUCGACUGAAAUGCUGCGGUGGCAUGUUUGGCAUGGAUGACUACACUAUGAUACUGGCAAUGGGCCUUACAGUUGCUUUGUCUGCUCUCUCUGUUGUCUUGGCCGAUGCGGGACUGGGGCGAGACAUGUGGACCAUUCCUCUCGACAAUAUCACUCGCAUCCUUUAUAUAUACUUCUGGGAUGAACUGAUGUACUUGAGUAUAUUACCCCUUACCAAGAUCUCCAUCUGCUGCUUCUAUCUGCGCAUCUUUCCGGAGCGACGAUUCCGAACAGUGACUUACAUUAUGAUCGGUAUCAACGUCUGCUACUUGCUCGUUUUUGUCUUGAUCUCUGUCUUUCAGUGUCUGCCCGUGGAUGGAGCUUGGCUGCAUUGGGACGGCGAGGGAAAUUAUAAAUGCAACAACAUUAACGCCCAGGGAUGGUCAUCAGCCAUUAUCAACAUGGCUCUUGAUAUCCUCGUGAUGGCGCUUCCUCUGAGACAACUAUAUCAUCUGAACCUCUCGGCUAGGAAGAAGAUAUACGUGAUGUGCAUGUUCUCACUUGGUAUUUUUGUCACUCUUGUCAGUAUCUUGAGGCUACGCUCCCUUAUUGUUUUUGCUUCAACCGAAAAUCUCAGCUGGGACUAUGUGAGUGUCGGAUACUGGAGCACAGUUGAAUGUGAUGUUGGCAUUAUCUGUGCCUGCUUACCAGCGAUUCGAUCUCUCCUGUGCCGUGUGCUACCGGGUGCUUUCGGAGACACCAACCCUAGCAAACCGUAUGGAGCUAGCUCUCGAUCCCAGUCUCGAGUAGACGGGAAGGCCCAUGUGCAGAUCAAAAACGACAACCGCGAAUUUUACCCACUGGAAGAUAUCGACCACUCAAGCGAGACUGCCCUGGGCCAUCAUGGGGCAUAG